CCUCUGUGGAGCUCAUGCCCCAGAACAGCGCUGAGCUGGGCUCUGCACAUGUGGCCUUAACAGCACCCCCACCCGGGUCUCCGCUUAGCAGCCCUCUCCACACCACGUCAUCUCCACCCACCACCACUUUUGAUACGAACUUUCUUAAUCAAGGAAAACUGACCCCAAGUACCACCGAUCCGGGCAUCUUUGUGACAGAUCACGCAUCUGUGAUGAGCAACGAGGUGUUCAUAGAUGAUGACGAAAUGGAUAACUUUUUGCCAGAAACCCACUGGACCACUUCCCGGGGCGGUUCUCCAAUCAGGUCUGUCACGGUCAGGGUGCCCGGGCGGCCCAGGGCAGCCUUCAGCUCUGGGCCGACUCCAUCAUUACCCAUCACAUCUGUGCAGGAUAAAGACGUGACAUCAGUCUGGCAGGUCUCAACGCAGCAGACAGCAGUAGAUGAGCCCCCCAGUCACCCCAACACCUCCCAGCCCUCUCUUCUCAUCUCCGAUGGCAUGAUUCUGACUCCUAGUCGGAAUUUGGUGCUUUAUCCUGCUGACACUUUCGGGCAGAUGUCAAGCAGGACUUUGCUGGAGGUCGGGGCUCCGGGGCCAGAGGCUGUAGAAACCUCCCCUUCCAGCCCCGGAUCUUCCGUGCCUCAGACUUCAGGGGGUAGCAUGACCCCACCACCGCCGGGGGAAGCCUCACAGCCUCCGGGGGACGUCCUGGCCUUGACAACAGGCAGCCCCCCCCGUGUGACCCCCACUUUGAGUCAGAGUCUACAGGAAACCGUCUCUUGGAGCACAUACUCUGCUGCUGGGGCUCAGCCAGCCCCGACUUUGAGCAGCCGCUACCACCCACAUUUGGCUUCGUUUCCAACUCCUCUCUUGUCUGUAAAUUCUUCUGCUCCAUCAGUGGAUGCUUCCUCUCCCCCCCUGCUUCCCAGCAGCCCCAGUGAAAUACUGCACUCGCCCUCCGUGACGCUGGCCCCAGGCCCUGCGGGUGACACUGACACGCUGUCUUCACCCAGACCCUUGACAUGGUGUGUGUCCUGCUCGCCGGCGUCCCCUCACCACGGCCCGUCAGCCAGCCUCCUGGAGAAGGACGUGGGGUCGGGGGACGGCGCAGAGACUCCGGCCGUGCUCCUGCUGGAGGCCAGCAGCAGCGUCUCUCUUCCGAGCAGCUUGGUGGCCGACUUCUCGGAAUUUGAGGAGGAGCCUCAAGUAUUUAACACACUGUUUCCCACACGGCCUGUUGUUCCCCUUUCUUCUCGACCUGUGGACAUGGCGGAAACCAGCACUGGUGUUUCGGGCCAGGUGGGUGUGGAUGGGGCUCUGACCACCCUGGUGGAUCCUGCCCCGGGCCUCCCGCCUACACCAGUGACGCUCGAGGCCCCGUCCUUUGUCUCCUCCUCUGUCGCGCUGUCCAGUGGGACAGCUGUGUUGUCCUCAGUUGUCGCCAGCGCUCCCCUCGACGCUCCCCUUGACGUAUCUUCCCUCAUCACAGCAAACAAAAUCAUUCCAUCGCUGCCUCUCAGUCCCCCAAGCCUUUCCCCACUGUAUAGUCUGGGUCCUUCAGGAGAGUCCUCCCUGUUCUCUGACCCACAGCCCAGCAGUUUUUCCAGACAUGAAACUGGAAGCGUCUUGGAUUUUGCGUCCAGCUUUUUCUCAACCCCACUGCUGGACCUCAGCAGCUCCGGUCCUCCCCCUUCACUACCGGUUUCGUCUCCCUCUCCAACGUCUAACGACUUCGCUUCUCAGGCGUUUCCUACCUUGGUUGAGACGUUUACACUGUCUGACUCCAUCACCCCACAGCCGCCUCAGUUCUCUGUUCCUAACUCCACAGACCUGGAAUUUGCUCUGCUCUGGCCAAGCUCAGGCCUGCUUUCCACGUCGUUCAGUUUUCUUUCCAGUUACUCUGAAUUCUCCCCACAAUCCAGCAUCCUCCCUGAGUCUCUGCUGGUCUCAGAAGCGUCCACAGUUUUGCCGACAGAGUCUGAAGCCCAUCUUACCUCAGCUUUCACUGAAACUACCUCCUCUUUUGAGUUUGCACUCACGCCCCAGGAACCUGCCAUCUCCACACUGGUGCUCCCCAGCUCGGAGCCCCUCCUCACCAUUUCGACGGCCAGAAACCACCUCACCUCACACUUGACUGCUCUCCCCACGAAGCCCCUCUCAACUCAGUCUUCUCUCUCUUCAACGUGGACGCCUUCUGACGACAUCAGCGCCCUCGACGGCCACAUGUCCACCUCGUCCUCCUUUAGAGCCAUCUCCUCCACUGUGGCACUGGCCUCCACCGUGUCCCCAACGCCGGCCUCCUCGUUAGCGUCUGAGGCGAGCCCCUCAGCAUUCCCGACGGAGCCGGUGUUCGACAACGGCCCGUCACUCACGUCACUCACGCCGGCUCCUGCCCCCGGGAACGCCUCCGCGGGGCCGAGCUCUGCGGACGCCGGUGAGGCGCCUGAUUCUGCGGUGCCCACCACCUUGAGCGGGCCCACGGAGAGUCAGGCUCCCCACGAGGACAGCCCAGCGUCUCCCCCGCCAUCCCUUCCCCCUGGAGCCACCCCCACGCCGGAAGCCACGGCAGACACCCCGGCGCUGCUCACCACCAAGCCACCCUACCUGUGCGAUAUCACGGUGCCCGACGCCUAUCUCAUCACCACAGUGCUGGCCAGGAGAGCCGUGCAGGAGUACAUCAUCACGUCCAUCAAGGAGGUUUUGAGGAUUCACUUCAACCGCGCGGUAGAGCUCCAGGUUUAUGAGCUGUUCGCUGACUUUACGUUUCUGGUAACAUCCGGUCCUUUCGUUUACACGGCAAUAUCAGUCAUAAAUGUCCUGGUCAAUAGCAAACUUGUCCGAGACCAAACGCCUUUGAUCUUGGCUGUGAAACCUUCCUUCCUUGUGCCAGAGUCUCGGUUCCAGGUUCAAACUGUGCUGCAGUUUGUGCCUCCGACCGUGGACACGGGCUUCUGCAACUUCACCCAGCGCAUGGAGAAGGGCCUGUUGAUCGCCCUGUCCGCAGUGAGGAAGCGCCAGCCGGGCACAUAUAACCUCACGGUGCAGAUCCUGAAUGUCACCGUGGCUUCGCCCCGCGCGGCCCCUUGGCGCGGCCCGGUCAGCAUCGUCUUCGCCGUUCGCGGCUCGCAGGGCCUUCUGAGUGGGUGGGAGGUGAGCGAGCAGCUCAGGAACCUGACCGUGGUGGAGUUCAGCUUCUACCUGGGCUACCCGGUGCUGCAGAUUGCCGAACCCUUCCAGUACCCACAGCUCAACUUGUCUCAGUUGCUGAAGUCCUCUUGGGUAAGGACAGUCCUCUUGGGUGUGGUGGAGAAGCAGUUCCAGAACGAAGUGUUCCAAGCGGAGAUGGAGCGCAAGCUCGCGCAGCUGCUCGGCGAGGCGUCCACGCGGAGGCGAAUGUGGCGCAGGGCAACCGUGGCCGCGGGGAACAGCGUGGUGCAGGUGGUAAAUGUGUCCAGGCUGGAGGGAGAUGAUAAUCCUGUGCAGCUUAUCUACUUUGUGGAGGAUCAAGAUGGAGAAAGACUCAGUGCAGUCAAGUCUUCAGAUCUGAUUAACAGGAUCGAUAUCCAGAGAGCAGCCAUUAUCUUGGGUUUCCGCAUUCAGGGCGCUGUUGCCCAACCUGUGGAUAGGGUGAAGCGGCCGUCCCCCGAGUCCCAGAGCAGCAACCUGUGGGUCAUCGUUGGCGUGGUCAUCCCGGUGCUGGUGGUGAUGGUCAUCGUGGUCAUCCUCUACUGGAAGCUAUGCCGCACAGACAAGCUGGACUUCCAGCCCGACACCGUGGCCAACAUCCAGCAGCGCCAGAAGUUGCAGAUCCCCAGCGUGAAGGGCUUCGACUUUGCUAAGCAGCACCUGGGGCAGCACAGUAAAGACGACAUCCUGAUCAUCCACGAGCCUGCGCCGCUGCCGGGGCCCGGGAAGGACCACACCACGCCCUCGGAGAACGGGGACGUGCCGAGCCCCAAGGCGAAGGUCGCGUCGAAGACCGUGCGUCACCGCGGAAGAGUUUCUCCCUCAGAUGCUGACUCAACAGUGAGCGAAGAGUCCAGCGAGCGGGAAGCUGGAGACAAGACGCUGGGAGUGGUGCCUGACGGCAAGGCCCACCGAGCCCCGCAGAGUGGGCCACCCGCCCCCAGUUCAGGCACAGAGCAGCACUCGUCCGCCUCCAUCUUUGAGCACGUGGACCGAAUCUCCCGUUCCUCCGAGGCCAGCCGGCGGGUGCCCAGCAAGAUCCAGCUCAUUGCCAUGCAGCCCAUCGCUGCCCCUCCCCUCCAGCACCCCGUGCUGGCCGACCGAGUGGCAGAAACCAACAAAAUCAACAAAGAGAUUCAGACAGCUCUGCGGCACAAGUCGGAGAUCGAGCACCACCGCAACAAGAUCCGGCUCCGCGCCAAGCGCCGGGGACACUACGAGUUCCCAGUGGUGGACGACCUGUCCUCGGGCGACACGCGCGAACAUCACCGCGUCUACCGCAGGGCGCAGCUGCAGAUCGACAAGGUCCUGGACCCCACGGCCAGCGUGCCCUCCGUCUUCAUAGAGCCCAGGAAGAGCUCACGGAUAAAACGUUCUCCGAAGCCGCGCCGGAAGCACCAGGUCAACGGCUGCCCUGGCGAUGCCGAGAAGGACAGACUCAUCACCACCGACAGCGACGGCACCUACAAGAGACCCCCCGGCGUCCACAACUCCGCCUACAUCGGAUGUCCGUCCGACCCUGACCUCCCGGCUGAUGCACAGACGCCGUCCUCGGCCGAGCUGGGGCGGUACCCCGGCCUGCCCUUCCCGGCCCCCCAGUACAUCCCGCCCCAGCCGUCCAUCGAGGAGGCGCGCCAGACCAUGCACUCGCUCCUGGACGACGCGUUCGCCCUCGUGGCCCCCAGCAGCCAGCCCUCUAGUGCCUCGGCCGCAGGCCCCGGGGGCCCGGCCGGCCUGCCCGUGAACAGCACCCCGUCCCGGGAGGAGAGGCGAGCCACCCAGUGGGGGUCUUUCUACAGCCCGGUGCAGACGGCCAGCAAUGCCGGCGGCAGAUAUGAAGACUUUGGGAUGACUCCCCCUUCAGGUCCAUUGCCAAGACCAGGUUUUGGCCCCGGCUUGCUGCAGUCUUCGGAGCUGGUGCCCAGCGAGCAGCCACAGGCACCCGCCGAAGCCCCGUACGCUGCCCGGGGGAUCUACUCUGAGGAGAUGCCGCCUGUGGCCCGGCCUCGGCCCGUCGGGGGCACCACAGGGACCCAGAUCCAGCACCUGACGCAGGUGGGCAUCGCCAGCCGAGUUGGAGCUCAGCCUGUGGAGAUCCCAGCAGGCAGAGGCGGCCAGUACGGUGGGCCAGGCUGGCCCCCCUAUGGGGAGGAGGAGGCAGGCCGGAGAGACACGACACACGUGCUCGGACAGCAGGAAUUUUCCUCGUCGCCGCUGUUCCAGGUACCAAGGACUUCCGGCAGGGAGCCCUCCGCACCCCCGGGGAACGCCCCACGCAGGGGGCUGCAGGGCUCGGGGCUGGCCUACCCCACCAGCUCCACGGAAGACCUCCAGCCCGGCCACUCCUCGGCUUCGCUCAUCAAAGCGAUCCGCGAGGAGCUGCUCCGGCUCUCGCAGAAACAGACCCCAGUGCAGAACUUCCACAGCUGAUGGGCCGCGGGGGCGCGCAGUCGCCAAGUAUCUGCUUCCCGUGGAAGCAAGACGCGCAGGGAGUGAGCGGCGCGGUCGGGC